AUGGCGCUUAGUAGGAGCGGCAACCGCAGGGUAAAACCAUACUCUUUGACUGUGAAGACAUACUCUGCGGCUGGGAAACUUAGUAGGAAAAAUAUUUCUCUCUCUCCUAAUGUUGUUCUUCCCAUUCGCACGAUCGAUGCAUUUGAAGGCUUUCAAGAAAACCUUAACGAAGGUACAAAUAAUUUACGUGGAACUGGAUCUCGAUAUGAAAGGAGGAGAGUGAAUGAAAGCGAAUCCUGGAAGUGUUUGCAAGAUAAUUUAGUAAAGUCGUACAUCGAAAAUUGUGCCAUGUUGCCAGGACAACUCUGCGUAAAAUGUUUAGAAGAUGGGAUACCAGCAAAGAAAGCAGAAAUUAGAUGUCGUGAUUGCGGUCACGGACAGUUCUACUGUUUUGAGUGUGCGGAAUCCCUUCAUCGAACGAGGAAUGUUUUCCAUUUGGUUGAAGUAUGGAAGACUGAUUGUGAAAUGUUUGUUCCAUUACUCUUUGGUGGUAUAUUACGUGACAGUCAGCAUGCUAACUGCUCUUCAACAGAAUCACGUACUAUAAUAUGUGUGGAUGGAAAAGGUCGGCAGCAUUUAAAAAUUGUUGAAUUCUGUCAGUGUAUUAAGGAUGCUGAAAAACUAAUUAAACUCCAGCUGUGGCCAGGCUCAUCUUCUAAACCCAAAAUUGCAUUUCACUUUGACUUCAUGGAUUUUGCUGAAAAAUUCUUGCUCGAGAGCCAUGUAUCCUUGCACAAAUUUUGCAGCACUGUUGAAGUUGAAUAUCCUGAAAUGCUACCUAGACUGGUAUGUAUUUCUCAUAAACCUGAAUUGUGCACCCAUAUGAUAGUCUACCCAUCAAAUAGUGGAAAUAGAUGGGUUGUACUUUGCAAAAAAAAUUUAUUGAAUCACUGUUAUUUACAAACAACAUAAAUAAUGUGUAUUUGCCUCAAA